GGUGCUGCUCAUGCAGGCUGUGGUUGAGGGCUUUUCUUUGGAGUGCAAUGAAGACAUUGGUGAAGUGUUGUUUCAUGUUUGAUAAAGCAUUUUCUCAUCACUGGCUUUCUUAAGGUGAUUUAAUGGUGUUUUUAAUUAUAUUCUAACUGAUCCAAAUGUAGGAUAUUUGUGUAAGUAGCGUUUUAUUGAUGAGUUUGGCUUCUUCUUAGGGUCCACAAGUUUCCCCAUGUCCUAUGGAGGAGGUAAUCCCGGACGCACUGAGCGAGCCCGCCAGGCGCCGUACUAUGAUCAGGUCCCCCAAGACUCAUUACCUCGAGAUGCUCAGCCAAUGAGAGAACACAUUUCCAGUCUGGCUCGAAGUGCAGAUCCUCUUCCACCACCUCCUUUACCAGACCAGCCCCCCGUGGGCCCAGAGUUUGACCCCAGUGGUAGUGAGGAUAAUGCUGACACAGACAUUGACCCUGCAAUAGACAUAAAACCAGUGCAUCGCUUUAUUCCUGACUCCUGGAAAAACUUCUUCAGAGCAAGUAAUCGCAGCAGUGAGAAGCCUUGGUCCAUGCCGGGCUCCUCAUACAACAACAACAACAGCACCACAGAGGGGGUGCCCUGCUCUCCCCCACCCUCUCCUGUCCCAGGGUCCUAUCGUGAUCCUUAUGGAGGCUCAGGUGGCAGCUACAACUCCCACAAGGAGCUCUUGGACACUCAUCAUUCUGUUUCGGGACGCACUUACCACACAGCCUUAAGCUACAGCGAGCGAGUGGAGCAGUAUCAUCAGCGCUACGCCUACAUGAAAUCCUGGGCUGGGUUGUUGAGGAUUCUGGGCUGUCUGGAGCUUCUGCUUGGGGCUGCAGUGUUUGCCUGUGUGUGUGCCUACAUCCAUAAAGACAAUGAGUGGUUUAAUAUGUUUGGAUACUCAUCCCCAGGGGGGGCAUAUGGGGCAUAUGGGGCAGGCACAGGUGGGGAUUACUAUUCUGGUCCUAAAACACCAUUUGUGUUGGUGGUGGCGGGACUGGCCUGGCUGGUCACUGUAAUUAUGCUAGUGCUCGGGAUGACUAUGUACUACCGCACCAUCCUCCUGGACUCCAACUGGUGGCCUCUGACAGAGUUCACUAUAAACUUGGCUCUGGCUGUUCUCUACUUGGCGGCAGGUAUUGUUUACGUCCGAGACACAACACGAGGUGGGCUCUGCUCCUAUCCAGUCUUCAACAAUGGCAUUAAUGGUGCUUUUUGCCGGACAGAGGCUGGACAGACUGCAGCCAUCAUUUUCCUUUUUGUCACUAUGGUGGUGUAUCUGAUUGGAGCCAUAGUGUGUCUUAAGCUCUGGAGACAUGAAGCAGCUCGCCGGUAUAGGGAGCGCUAUGGGCAGGAGAUGCAGACUGCACCCAUGCGAGGAUCCCAGGCACUGCAGCUUGCACCUGAAACAACUACUGUGCACAAACUUCCCGAGCAAGUCCACGGUUCUUCAGUUGUUCCUAUACAAACCAGUCCUAAAGCAGCCCCUAAAAAGGUUUUACAGGGAGCCAUACCAUCUGGAUAUAUCCCAAAGCCUGUUAUUGUGCCAGAUUACAUUGCCAAAUAUCCAGCAAUCCGAACAGAUGAAGAACGGGACCAAUACAGGGCUGUUUUCAACGACCAGUAUGCCGAGUACAAAGAACUGCACCUAGAUGUCCAGGUCACACUUAAAAAGUUUGAUGAGAUGGAUGCAAUGAUGCGCACUCUGCCACAACAUCCCACCAGCCAGAUGGAAGUGGAUCGAAUAAACAGGAUCCUUCAAGAAUAUCAGAGAAAGAAAAAUGACCCAACCUUCACUGAAAAGAAGGAGCGCUGUGAGUACCUGAAGAACAAACUGGCUCAUAUCAAACAGAAGAUCCAUGAGUACGACAAAGUCAUGGAGUGGAACGACGGCUACAGCGUGUCCCGCUCUGUUUAUGAGCUGCAGUUUCAGUCAAGACAUUACAGAACGAACAACUCCCAGCGCACUCUAAGAAACAACCAUCUUGCCACAAUGUCAUCCAGGCCAAAUGGGAGUCCACCACCCUACGAGUCUGACAAUGGAUAUGCUGGCCCCCCUCAGCCUGCCUACUCAUACUACCCAGAUGAUGAGUUUCAGCAUUUUUACCGCUGGACAUCUCCUCCUGGGAUCAUCAAAAUUAUGGCUAUCCUCUGUGUUGUCUUGUGUGUAGGCGCUUUUGCUUGUGUUGCCUCCACACUUGCUCAUGACAGCCAGGGAGCCUUAAGUGGUUUUGGAGGUUAUGGCAGUUAUGGAGGAGGUUACGGAGGAAGCUCAUAUGGAGGGGGAUAUGGAGGGGGAUAUGGAGGUUUUGGUGGUGGAGGAGUGUAUGGUCCUGGCACCAACUACGGCUAUGGGAGUCUUGGAGGAAACUACAACGAUCCAAGGAGUGGCAAAGGGUUCAUCAUUGCCAUGGCAGCAAUUGUCUUCAUCUACUGCCUGGUCAUCUUCAUCAUCAUUGUGUCCCACCAGAGUUUGUCGGAGAGCAGGCGCUUCUACCUGGCUGUGGUCAUCAUCAGUGCCUUCUUUGCCUUGUUAAUGCUAGUGGCUACUAUAGUCUAUCUAGUAGCAGUGAACCCCAUGUCCCAGUCCUACAGUUCAGCAUAUGGAAGCCAAAUUGCAGGAUUAUGUGCUCAGUAUCAACAGCCACAGGUAUCUGGAGUGAUGGUGAACCAGUACCUCUACCAUUACUGUGUUGUGGAACCACAGGAGGCCAUUGCCAUCGUUUUUGGCUUCCUUAUUGCAGUAGCUUUGAUCAUCAUCCUUGUCUUUGCCCUGAAGACUCGACAAAAAAUCCAGGAAUUUGGGAAGAGCAACAUUUUGUGGAAGCGAGUGAAGGUUAUAGAUGAGAUGGAGCCUCCUCAGGAUGUAGAAGCAUGGGUCAACAAUGUGUCAGCAAAUCCAACGGAACUUCCUAUUUCUGAUUAUCCUGAGAAGCUGCGGAGCUCCAGGAGUCACCUAGAUGAUGAAAGCUCCAACUAUGACAAACCCCCAUACAACUACACCCCACAACCUGCAAUGGAGGAAGCCAUUCCUCUUAAUGCUGGUGUUCCCUACAGCAGCAACUCGGAGGCGGAGAGCUCUGUUGGACGUCCUAAAAAGAAAAGAGCAGGUCGUCCACGUCGCAUCGAUGGCUACGACACGGACUAUGGUUCUUCAGGGGACGAGCUUGAGGACGAUGACUUUAGCAGCGAAUUUCCUCCAAUUCGAAAUGAUCAGGAGCGAAGUGACUACAAGCGAGAGUUUGACCGGGAUCAUCUGGAGUACAAGGAUUUGCAGGCUGAACUGGACAAUAUCAACAAGAACCUGUCUGAUGUGGACCGAGAGUUGGAUGAGCUGGAGGAGGGUAGCCCACAAUACUUGGAUGCUUUGGACGAGUACAAAAGGAUAAGGGAUUUGAAAAAGACAGCCAAUUAUCAGACGAAGAAGCGCAGGUGCAAAUACUUGAAGGCCAAACUGAAUCACAUCAAGAAGAUGGUGAGCGACUAUGACCGCAGUGGCUGA